AUGGGGGCAGCUCUCUCUCUCCUCUCUCUUAAGCACCCCGAAAAAUGCAUCCAAACGAUGGAAGACUCCCUAACCCAUCUAACAACCCAAAUCCUCGCCGCCCGAAAUCGAAAAUCACACCCGCAAAUCUCGUGGCCAGUUACAUCAAUAAAUCCAUUUACAAAAGAAGAGGAAGAUAUUGCUCUUACGGAAAUGCAAUUGAAAGGAGGAGUUGAGGAUACUAUCAGAUUGUGGAAAGUAUUUGAGGAAGGGGUUAUGUAUUUGUUUAUGGUGGAGGGUGGGGAGAAGAGGAUGAGGGAAUGGGUUGGAGAGGUGGUUAAGGCGCUCGAGGAGGAGCUCGAGGAAAUCAGAGGGGUUGGAAGUGAUGGGAAAAUUGUGGAAGAGGGGGUGGGGAAGGGGAAGGGGGUUGAUGAGGAGGUUUUGAGGAGAAGAGAGGGGAGAUAG